AGCCAUUGUCUACUUCACACCGGGUAAGAAACACCCAAUAAUGAUCAUCGAUGGGUUCGAAUUUGUAGUUCACAGAAACAACGAAUCCAGAAGUUCCUGGAUGUGUAUUGGCCACAACAAAUAUAAAUGCAAAGUAAGAUUAUUGACCACAGGACGUGUAUUAAAAAUGAAAAAUAUAGCUCACAAUCAUGGCAGAACUUUCACGGGUGACUAUAGAAACCUGAAAGGGCAAAUGGUUCAAGUCGUUGUCUGUGAUGUGAAUAAUAAACUUGAUAAAAAAUUGUUCAAUUAAAUUUAUAAAUUGUUUUCAUUUGAGUUCGUAACUAAAACGUAAAAAGUCCAUUAUGAUACUUAUGUUAUACAACUUGAAAGAACUUUUAUAGGUGACUAUUCAACUCUGACGAUUCAAUCUCUACAAAUUAUUUAUACUCAUGAAUCAUGAUGAUGAACUUUCCAUUCCUGUUAAAUAAUAAAUUAUGCAAUUAAAACAACAACUAAAACUUGUUUCCAU